AUGUGGUAUGCUUACAAGUAUGACCCUCUUCAAGCUGGAAGCAUCGACGGAACAGACUUGGUUCCUCAUGAUCACGCCAUUCUACGUGCUCAAAAUUCAAAAUAUUCACCAUCGUAUAAUACAGAUGUGACCGAGGAUCCUCUAAAAACUCUUUUUGUAGGGAGAUUAAAUCCCGAUACUUCAGAAGAAACUCUACAAAAAGUGUUCGAGAACUUUGGCGCAAUCAAGAAAAUCCGACUCGAGCGUAAUUUAGUGACUGGCGAUUCGCGUGGUUACGCAUUUAUUGAAUUCACACACGAAAGAUCAAGUCAAGAUGCUUAUAGGAAUGCAAACAAAAUGACAAUAGACGAUCGCCAAAUACUAGUAGACUACGAACGCAGUCGCCUAAUGGACGGAUGGAUUCCGAGACGUCUAGGUGGCGGAUUCGGGGGCAGAAAAGAAUCGGGACAACUUCGAUUCGGGGCACGAGAUAGACCGUUCAAAAGACCAUUGCAUGUCGUUGGGAGUCAAGCAAUGCCCGAGAUUCUUCCCGAACAGAGAUACGAUGAUUGCUGGAGAAGGUAUCAGGCAUCAUCGACCACUAGUUAUGAUAGACAAGGGCAGGAUCGUCGUACUAGCACUACUACAGCCGUUACUGCAACUGGCUUCCAUCAUUCAUCUUCCCGAGCUUCUGUAUUUCAACAUCAAAAUGAUGGUACCUCUACAUCUCUCGAUUCUGGUGCAAGAUGGAAUAAUUCUCCUUUCGAUUCCAGGAAUUCAACAAAACACACUUCACAAUCUCCCCCUCCUUCUCGUCGAAAUUUGCCCUCUUCCCAUCAUCAUAAUCGCUUUGAAAAUUCCCAAAGUGAUACACGUGUCAAGGAUGAAUAUUCUCAAAGUGACGCACGUGUUAAAAAUAAUGAUGAAAAAGUUUAUCGCCGUCAUUAUUCACGUUCGUCGCGAAAUGACGAAAAAUAUGAUCCUAAAAGGUCACGAAAUCCAACACAAAAUCGUCGCGAAAGAGAUUAUAGCAAAAAAAGAUACAGAGAAAGGGAUAAAGAAGAAGGAGGAGGACACAUGGAUAGACGCAAGAGUAAUCGUGGAUAA